AACACUUUGGGCAUCAUGAGCUCGUGCUGUGACGAUGGCGACCACCAGCACCACAAGCCUGGCCACGUUGAAGGCUACGACAUCGAGGGCGACGACCCGACGCUCUCGGCGUGCUGCCUCAAGGACAAGCAGGAGCAGGCCCACGUCGCGCGCGUCAUGACCGUCCUCCGCCGCGAGGACGUGACCAUGCAGCGACUCGAGCAGCGCCACCUGUCACUGGACAAUGCCCUCCCGCGGGCCGCGCCCGCCGUCGCCUUGACGUCGAUCGAUGACGACGAUCUCGAUAGCGACGAUGACGAGUACGCAUACUUGAUGGAUGACGAAAGCAUCGUCGGUGGCUUGGAGCACCAGCGCCGUGCGGCGCUGCUCGCCAAGGCGGCUCUGCGCGAGCAAGGACUCGGCAUCGUCUGGGGUGACGUCGAGUUCAAGGCAUACGUGCAGAACGUGCUAGCACGCGACACGCAGGCGCUGGUCACGGCAAAGCACUUGCGACCGAUCGUCGUCGGCCGUUCCGACGCUGCGACGCAGCCGCUCAUGGCCGCGGCGCUUCUCCAGGGCGCCGAGCGGUUCCUUGGCACGUGCUUUUUUGGCAUCUCGGCCAACGCGGACGACGCACUUCGCCGACUCUGCCCUCGGAUCGCCACCGGUCCGAUGCUCGUCGCGCUCUCCAGCAGCGGCGAGUACAUUGCCCACCGGUCGCUCGCCAUCUUUGACGAAGACGACUGGGAUCGCACGCUGCUGCCAUGGCUCGAAAAGUGCAACGUUCUGCGCACCGACUUUGUUGCUUUGACGACCGCCAAACCCAAGCAGCCAACCACAUCGACCAACGCGAACGACGAGACCGACGACGACGGGCCGACGGGCUACGACUGCGGCCACGAUGGCUGCCGACUCAAAUUUGGCUACUACCACGAACACGUCGGCGCCUCCAAGGAGACCAAGCAAGCGAUGGCAGCGUGGCGUCAGUAAUACAAGGGUGUCGCCAUGUGCCAGCUUGACGUGCGUACCGCAGACGCGUGAGUAACAGCCCUCCACUUCAAGCCACUUGCCUAUUCCACUGGCUCCACAA